AACGGGCAUAUUAAAAAAAAACUUUUAAGUGGCCGGUGAGGUCACUUUCUCUCUCUCUGUCUCUCUCUCACUCACACACACAGUCAUCAGUCAUCUUGUAUCUGAAGAGAGAUGUCAAACUUGAAGGAAUCUUUGGGAUCUUAGGCCCAUCAAAGAUUGAUCAUAUCUACUUCUUUAUAUUAAUCCUCCAUACCCAAUUUAGAGAGAAGGCUGAAGCUAGCUGUUCAAUAAUUCUCAACUUGUGCAAUAUAUGAUGUUUCCUUUACACCAAGGCAAGAAGCUGGUCUUCCAGACUUCAUCUAAUCCUCCCCAAAAGCACACAAUUUCAGAAGAUCGGAUUCUUGGACAUGCCAUCAGCACAGGGAAAAGCCGCCGGCGGAAAUUAGUAGCUGCUUUCAACUAUGACAUGAUUGAUCAGAAUUCGAAUGAUCAUAACAAGAAGAAGAAGAUGAUGAUGCAUAGGGAAAACGAAAGACAAAGAAGGCAAGAAAUGGGUACCCUACAUGCCUCACUCAGAUCCCUACUUCCUCUUGAAUUUAUCAAGCAGGGAAAGCGUUCGAUAUCUGACCACAUGAACGAGGCUGUGAACUAUAUAAAACACCUUCAGAGUAGGAUCAAGAGAUUAGAUGCCAAGAGAGCUGAAUUGAAGAAAUGUUCCAAUAUAAUUAGCACCACUGGCACUGACCAUGGGGCUACUCCUGGAAGCUCCGAUGGGCGUUCGCCAAGCUGUUUGACGGUCCACCCAUGUUGUGGUGGAGUGCAAAUCGUGAUCAGUUCUAGGGGCUUCAGAUCUUCAAAAGAUGGCUUAUCCUUGUCCUUCUCUAUCUCAAGGGUUCUGGAAGUGCUGCUUGAACAAGGGCUUGCUGUUGUUAGCUGUGUUUCCUCCAAAGGAAAUGACAGACUUCUUCAUACUAUCCAGUGCGAGGUAAAUGAUCUUGAAAGUAUUGAUCUUUCUGGCCUGGAGCAGAAACUAGCCGAACUAGUGUCUCCAUUUUCAUCCAGAUGUAUAUCCGAGUAACUUAAUUUUAGUAUAUUCAUUCGCGUGGAGUAUGCUGCCUCGAUCUUACUGUCGUUAUUAUAGCUAGAAUUGAACUUUGUUUAAUGACUCUCAACAGUGACUUCUUAGUUACAUUUUCCCUUGUGAAAUUAGGUUAAGUGUUUGCUGAUUUUGUGAAGCCUUCCCAAAUGUUUCUGUAAGAUAAAGGAAAGGAAGGAAUGCCAAAUCUCUCUGUUUAUGUACAACUUCUCUAACUGGGCUUAAUUUCGUGCAGGAUAUGUACUGUUGUGCCUUCCAUAGUUUUUGAGAAAGGAGUUGGUCAGUUAAAUUGAUUCUUCUUCCUUUUUUUUUCAUCCUCCAUGGGAAUGGGAUCCUUGUGCAGUUGAAGUCAUGAAUUGAACUGGCAUGAAUUUUGUGCAGUUUAGGAAGAUGAUAUCGUUUAUUUAUAUGUGGGGAAGCAAAUUAUAUCAUAUAUAUAGACUUUUAUAUAUGGACCAACAUUAAUAAAAUAUAUAUGGCUCUUGUAUGAUAAUUUAUAUACUCAUUGGUACGCAUGAAAAGUACAUAUUAUAUACUUCUUGUAUUGGUAAAAUAUAUAUAUACUUGUUGUAUAGUUCAUGAUGUCAAUGUGUAUUCUGUUA